CGCAGCUGCACGCCGCGUUCCCCCCGCACCUGCCGCCCGAGGCGCGGGCUCCCAUCCGCGCGCUGGGCAGCGUGCGGGCCCUGGACGCCCUCGGCCUGUGGUCGGCGCCGGGGCCCUCGGGCGCGCAGGAGGCGGCGGCGCCGCCACUGCCGAAGGCCAUCCGCGAAGACUUGAGCCGGGCCUUCCGGCUGUACUGCGAGGACGGCCCCGACGGGCCGCGCUUGCCCCAGGAGAUGCUUCGCAAGGCGCUGAUGUUCUCCGGCAUCUUCGGGGUUGAGCUCUCGCAGCAGACGAGGUCGCUUACUCACGACGAGUUCAUCGCCAUGGGCCACGAGGCGUCCGUCGCGAGGCUCUCGGAGAAGCAGAGGCAGACGCUGCUGCAGCUGUUCGAAAAAUACGACGCCGACAUGUCGGGCACUCUGGACCGGCACGAGCUGCCAGACAUGUUCAUCAAGGAGCUCUCGAUCCCGGCCUCAGUGGUGGACAGCAUCUCGGGCGAUGUAGAUUGUGGCGAUGGUUGCAUUGAUAAGGAGGGCUUUCUUUGGAUCGUGUCCCGCCUGAUCCGCACGCACGAGAACGAUUUCAUGAUGUGGAAGGUGCUGUGCGAGCUCACUGGCAGCAGCGAUUCCACGGCGGACGCGGAGCUGACCGUCGAGAUGCUGAAGGAGCGCUCCACCUUCCAGGCCUCGGACGAGGAGUGGGAGGAGAUGUGCUGGGCCGUGGACCUCAGCGCCUCGAGCCCCUGGGGCCACGAGGAGUCCGGCAUCGACUUUAGCGAACUUGUGACCAUGGUCAUCGCGCAGGACAGGCCCGGCCAGCUGCUGCCGCCCCUGGACAAUGAGUGCCUCGCCUGGGGCCAGUGGGUCCCAUGGAAGCGGAGCGAGUCGGGGCCGCUGUCGAAGGCCGUGGUCGAGGAGGUGAAGAGCAUGGUGCUGGACAGGCGAUGUGGCGGGGCGUUGGAGCUGAAGCAGCGCCGGAAUUCCUGGGGGUCCGUCGACGAGGGCAUUGCCAACGCAGGCGAAAGGGAUGACGAGCAGGACAGCCCGUACCUCGCCCUGGGGCGGGCCCAGCCCGACCCGGAGCCCGAGCCCCUGCCGGACUGCCUCCAGAAGCUCCAGUGCCUGCUGGAGGAUCCCAGCAGCUCGCAGGAGGCCUACCGCGUCUCCGUCUGCAUCGGGGUGCUCAUCGUGCUGUCCAUCCUGAACAACGUCGCGGCGGCCCUGACAGACCGGGGGA